GCAUCAUGUCCAUUAUGUUAUUCCCUACGAUGGGGAUCAGUCAGUGGUGGACUCCUCGGAAAAUUACUUUGUGACUGACAAUGUAACCAAGCAAGAGAUUGAUCUGAUGCUGGGACUUUUGCUGGGCUUUUGUAUAAGCUGGUUUCUGGUGUGGAUGGAUGGGGUUCUCCACUACGCGGUGCGAGCCUGGAGGACUAGCCGACGGUAUGACAACUCCUGGUCUUGGAUUCCAAAAUUUUGUAACCUAAAGGAGUUCAGAAAACGUCACCACAGGCAGUACGAGGAGGCGACUGGGAACAUGGUGCACAUCAAACAGAAGCUGUACCAUAACGGGCACCCCAGCCCACGGCACCUCUGA